CAAGAGCUUCGAACAAGAAGGCUGCUUCAGAGCUUCCGUCGGGACUUCGACGACUACCAUUGACAGCAGCAGAUACCUAACCGGAGAUUUCAUUGGAGAUCCUUAAACCCAUUGGUUUUUCAUGACACGCACCUCAAGUUUGAAGAGGCUAUUGUAGCGAAUCGACUGGCUCUGAUUUAGUGGUCGAAUAGGUUGGAGUUGAAGGAGAAGUUGAAUAAGCUGCGUGCAGUGGAUAGUGAGCUUUACAGAGUUUGUAUUGCUAUUGAUGAUUUCAAGGAAUUAAGGUUAUGUGAAGAUGAGAUUGAAAAAGCAGAAGCGUCAUAGAAGAACAGUUAAAUUUUACACAGCUUGCUUUGGCUUUCAUGAGCCAUUCAAGGUCCUCUGUGAUGGAACUUUUGUGCAUCACCUUCUUGUCAAUCGUAUCAUUCCAGCUGAUACUGCUCUCUCUAAUACCCUGGGUGCUACAGUCAAGAUCUUUACUACCAGAUGUGUUCUUGCGGAGUUGAGAAGCCUUGGUGAUUCGUAUUCUGAAUCUCUUAAUGAAGCUCGUAAACUUAUGAUUGCAAGAUGUGAGCAUGAGAAGCGGAAGAGUGCAGUGGCUUGUAUAACGGAAGUUAUUGGAGAAAGCAAUCCUGAACACUUCUUUAUUGCUACUCAGGAUGCUGAUUUAAGGAAGAAAUUCCAGGAGAUACCAGGUGUUCCUGUAAUCUUUGGUCUUCGAAACGCCCUAUUCCUCGAACAGCCAUCUGCUUUUCAACACAAGUUUGCCAAAUCUGCCGAAAAAGACCGCUCACAUAUGACUCAGUUAGAGUAUAAGAUGUUAAACAUGAGCAAAAAGAAGCAGCUGGCCACUGAGGAAGAGGAGGAUUCCUCUGAUGUAAAUGAAGGUGUGGAAGGUCAAAUUUCAGGCUGCCAGGCUUUGAAGACAAAUAAUACAAGAAAGAGGACGGAUGUGAAGGACAAAGUUCAAUUUAAGAGAAAGAAAGCUAAGGGUCCAAACCCACUUUCUUGUAAGAAGAAAAAGAGUCAGGGGAACCUGAAUCUUACUUCAGAAAAGGAAAACAAUCAUGGUGAUGGAACCUUGAGAAGCAGGAGUAGGAAAAGGAAGAGAUCACACAAGAGCAUGAAGUUUGUAGUCACAACUGGUUAA